AUGCCGCCGCGCCGUAGAAACCCUAACCCGCCGGCGAUGCCGAAUGAGCAAUUCAUGGAAGCCAUGUACGCCGCCAUCCAGGGGAUGGCUACUAGAGCCCAAAAUGAAUGUCCUGCGGAGGACAGAAAACAAAACUACUUCUAUGAGUACAAGCAUAGUUCAAUUCUUGCAUUUACUAGCGUGGGUGGGCCCCAAAAAGCCGAGUAUUGGUUUGAAUCGGUGUCUAAGCAUCUAAGUACCAUUGGAGUACCAGAUGAGUAUUGGGUGGAGUUCAUAACUUUUAAGUUUGAAGGUCCUGCAGGCCAUGGAAUUCAUGGGCCUACAGCAAAGGGAUAUGACGGUGAGGAAUACGAAGCUAAGUUCAAUGAGCUAUCCCAUUUUGUUCCUUCCUUGAUUGAAUCAGAGCGCAUGAAGUGCCUAAAGUUCGAGAAAGGUCUUAAGGGUGUGAUCCGAAAAUCAGUGAUAGCUUUAAGGCAUCGAGUCUAUAGUGACCUGGUUGCAGUAGCCAUCUUUGUUGAACAAGAGCACAUCGCCUUCCUCCAGGAUCGAGAAGCUUCAGGAAGAACUUCAGGAGGACCCCAAAGGAGUAACAGAAAAAGCCGUGAUCAGGGGCAAGGUAGUGGGGGAGUGCCUGGUGGUAGUAGUGGCUCUUCGGGAAGUGGGAAGAGUGGACCCUAUAGCUUCAAAUGCCACCAUUGUGGGGAGCUAGGGCAUAUCAAGAGGAACUGUCCUCUUAGGGGCCAACAGUACAGGCCUGGAAACCAGAGACCUAACAACAAUGAGAGGGGAAAAGGGAAAGCACCGGGGCAGAUGCAUACCAUGGCCGGGGGAAGUUCUGGAGCUCAUGUUGGAAACCCAGUCGUUGAGGGUAUGAUACUUAUCUCUCACUCUUUUGCACGAUUUUUGUUUGACACUGGUGCUACGCACUCUUUUGUUUCCACUUCUUCUGUGAAAGUUUUGGGUUUGAAACCUGAUGAUCUAGAGAUUUCAAUGUUCAUAAAAUCUCCACUGGGGUGUGUGGAGUUUGAUGUAGUGCUUGGAAUGGAUUGGUUGUCAAGAUAUGGGCCGAUUGUUGAUUGCCACCGUAUGAGAGUUACUUUGACUACUAGUUCUGGCAUGAUAGUAACGUAUCAGGGAGAGGGUGAAUCCGGUAUCACCGGGGAGAAUGUUGAGCUCCCCGUGGUCGAUGAAUAUGCCGAUGUAUUCCCUGAUGAGUUGCCUGGUUGA